AUGUCUCGCCUUCGCAAAAUCAGCCCCUCCAUUCCCGAAAUCGCAAACGCAAUUAUCGCCCCGCGGUCGAGUAUUUCAACCUGCACAAGUACGAGAUUGGGUUCUUGUCAGAGUUUGGUACCAAGAGUUAAACAUUCAAACCCAUUCAAAGUCUCAUAUCACGCACCCUACUCCUUCUGCCAAUCUCGUCAUUACUCUCAAUCUGGUCCCAGCAAACCUUCCACUCCCAUAAAACCAACCUCCGUGCGAACAUCUUCUCUCUCUUCGCGUUCCCAUUCCCAUCCUCCCGCGACUCACGAUCGUGGUCCGCCUUCUUCGGAAACUACACAGACGGAUUUUUCGGUUCUAGAUGUAUUAGGGAAUACGCCGAUGCCGAGUACGAGUAUUGAUGCUUGUUUGAGCGAUGGGUUUCAUUUGAAUAGUGGUGUGAAGGUGGGUGGUGAUGGGAUUUUUAAGGGUGGGAAAUGGAGGGGAGGGGCUGGAGUUUUGUUGGUGGGGGGUGAGGCGUUUGGAUGGAAACCUUGGGUUGGGGGUGCGAAGGAGGGGGAGGAGUUGGAAUUGGUUAAUAAGAAGGGUCAAUUUGAGUGCGGGGAUGAAGCGUGGGGAAUUCUGGGGUGUGUGUGGCCUAGACCUGAUCUUUUAAUUCUCGGCUUAGGCAAAGAUAUGCGACCCAUAUCCCCCAAAACCCGCGCAUACAUCAAUGGCCUAGGAAUUCAGAUAGAAAUCGCAGAUACAAGGAACGCGGCUGCACAAUUUAACCUGCUAGCGACGGAACGAGGGGUUGGAAGUGUGGCGGGAGCAUUGAUGCCAAUUGGACGGUAG